GUAGUGUAUUUUAAUAUUUUUUUUUUAGACUGGUGGCUCAAUAGUAUAAUUCCCCUCGUGGCAGUGGCUCUGGUCAGCAGAGAUGUAUCUGCGUGUGUUCAGACUGAGGUGCAUGCGAAGCCGCUAUAUUCAGGCGCAGAUGGGCGUCGCCACUUUCAUUCUCUCUGUUUAAACAACCUGAAGCACAAGAGCCAGCGGAGUCACUUCAUCUCAUCGGCGGACAAGAACGAAACCGUGGAUUAAUAUUGCACACUGACCAAGCUUUAAAGUCAAAGUGACAAAGUUGCAGUCUUCGCCGCCAAAUGAUAAGAUGAGUCUGAGUGCCAAUGAACUGACUGAAUUCUUCACCAUGUGGGAAGAAUUAAACUUCACAGACGCCAACAUUUCAAGGGUGGAAAUGCAAAUGUGCCCCACAUCCUUCAACCGUUCUGCUCUCCUCCAUGCUAUAUGCACCCUCUAUGCCUUCAUUUUUGUUGUGGGCCUGCCCGCCAACGCACUAGUAGUGUGGGUCAGCUGGCGCUCGGAGCGUCAUAAGCAUGGCACACACUUGUAUAUUUUAAAUCUAGCAGUGGCGGACCUGUGUGUGGUCUCUACUCUCCCGGUGUGGGUGAGCUCGCUGGCACAGGAAGGUCACUGGCCGUUUGGCCAAGCGGCUUGUAAGCUCACACAUCUAGUCUUGAAUGUCAACCUUUUCGCCAGCAUCUUCUUCCUGGCCUGCAUGAGUGUGGACCGCUAUCUCUCGGUGGUCCGCACGGGAGAGAUUUCUCACAGAAGAGGACGACAAAUACGAUGUUUAGUGUGUGUGGUAACGUGGCUGCUUGCUUUAUUUGCCUCAAUACCUGACACAUACUUCCUGCAGUCCGUCAAAUCGGUACACGGUAAUAUGAUUUUGUGUCAUCCUGUAUAUCCACAGGACAACCCUUUGCAGUGGAUGGUGGGCAUUCAGCUGAGCUUUGUGGUUCUUGGUUUUGUCAUACCCUUCCCUUUUAUAGCAGUGUCCUAUGCGCUGCUGGCAAACACUCUGGCUUCCUCUUCCUCUCAUUCCCCUUCAAAUGGCGACCAGGACCACAGCGUGAGCAGGAAAGUCAUCCUCAUGUACAUAGUGGUGUUCAUAGCUUGCUGGGCACCAUAUCAUGCUGUGCUGUUUGUCGACGCGCUAGCAGUGUUAGGCGUUCUGCUGCUGGGCUGCAGUUUAGAGAAUGGCCUUUUUGUGGCGCUGCACCUUACGCAAUGUCUGUCACUGCUGCACUGCUGUGUGAACCCUGUGGUCUACAGCUUCGCUCACCGUCACUACCGCUAUGACCUCAUGAAAGCCUUCAUCUUCAAAUACUCCAAACGUGCAGGGCUGGAGCGGCUCAUUGAGGGCUCUCAGGGCACCGAGACAGAGUAUGCAGUGGCCGAAAACCCCUCUACGACUGUGAGCUAGGACCCUCAAGACCGUCACCCCUCAAGCAAAGCUAUGAUCUGUUUCAAAACAUGAACUCCUCUGACUUGUUGUCCUGAAAUUACGAUAAACUAAACUUAAUGUUUUUCGUCAAAAUAGCAGUAAAUUCUCAGCAGUGACUCCAAAGAUUCUGACUAAUUCAUUUGAAAUGUGCCAAAGACUGAUGGGAGUUUGUCAAAUCAGAACCCCUUUGAGAUGUUUUCCUGAAAUCCAGGUAAAAUUGACCACGUGACUCCAAAGAUAGAUACUAAUCAAUUCAUUCGAAAUGUUCCAAAGAAUGAUAAUAUAUUUUAACACCAGAACCAUGAACACAGAUACUAUGAAUUGAUUCCAAAGUAACUGGCAGCCUAAAUUUGACAAUUUUGAACCACUUUAGAGAAACAUGAUUUUAGGUAUAUUAUUCCAAAAAGGGAAUUUCCCAUAAUUGUGUCCAAUAGUGAUUUAUAAUGCACUACAUGUGGGGAAAAGAAAUAAAUAAAUAUAUAAAAAAUACAAUAAAACAAAGAAAUUGAGGCUGUAAAUAAAACAAAGAUAACUGGAGUUAGUUUUACAAGAAAAAUAACAUUUUAGACUUCCUACUUCUAAAUUUCAUGUUUAAUUCAUGUUUCUUCUUAAUUAUUUGUGAAAUUUACUAGCAAUUUCUGAGUGAAAAUGAUUUCUACAAACUUUUUUUUACUGUGUUAGGUCAACAAACCAUUAAAAUUGUGAUAAAGUUUAUAAGAAAAUAUAUAACAGCGCUCCUUUUAAGUAAGAUAUCAGUAUAGUGAUUAAGUUCUUAUCUUAAAUGUUCAUAUUCAGCUUACGGUAAUUGCUGCUGAUUUAAUUGCUAAAAGCACUUUCUUUGAUAAAGGGGGCUUUUGUGUCUGGCAGGAAAAUUGGCAUUACUUUUGUUUUUUGAACAGUCAGUGUUCACUUGUUCGGUCCAAUAGGACAUUCCAACAUGUUUUGAAGGAAGGAGCAGGUCAGAAAGAAUUCAUUUUCAACUGAUUUAAUGUGCAACUGUGUUUGCACUCCAUGUGUGUGUAUGAUGUUUUAUGACUGGUUGUCACCUUGUAACAGAGCCUUGUGUGUGUACUUGGAAGGGCAUUUAUUUUUGUCUAUCAUAGAUGUGUAUAUUUCAGUUAUCUGAAAAGUAAGUUAAGUAUGUUGUUAUAUUUAUCUUGCAUCAUAUUGUUUUGUUAUUGUUAUUAGUUCUGUUGGAGCACUGAAUACUUAAAUGUGCUCUGAAACAAAAAAUUUAAUUCAUAGAGCUUAUUAAAUAUAAAUAUAUCUUUGCCUCAGUGUAACUUAUUAAACAAUUAUACAUCAAA